GAGGCGGAAACCUGCAGGUCCACUAAAAGACAGACGCGUCAAUAUAAAGUUGUAAAUUCAGUCGUAUUUUUUAAAUCAGAUAAUCACCGAAACAACGAGUUAUGAGAGCGAAUCAAAUGAAUGAUAUUUAGGUUUAAAUAUAUAUAUUUUUCAACCGUGGAAAGAGAUUGAGUGGAGAUAGUUUACGCUGAGAAUCCGUGUGUUAAGGUAGACGCACUUUUAGGACGCACAACAUAAAAACCGUUUCAACUGACUCCACAAGAGAUCAGCCAUGGAUUUUUACAUCAACACGGACUAAAGUUCGUUCUUGAAGAGGUCCGACCCGCUCCGCUCCGACCCUGUCCCAUACCAGCCCGAAUAGUGCAGCAGGUGGAAGAUGGCAGAGAGAGUGACUUGGUGGAGAGCGUUUAUGGGGAGCAAUAAGAGAACAAGUAGUGGUACCAAGGACAUCGCCACUCAGCUCCCCGACACAGUGAAGGACCACCUGACGCCCAGCACACAGGGAGUCCUAGCAACACCACACUCAGCAGCAGCAGCCCCCAAACUCCCAACCGCCCAACAACCACCAGCAUCACAACAACCACCAGCAUCACAGCAGCCUCCAGCAUCACAGCAGUCACAGGCACCAGUCAGUACAGGCAACAGCCUCUUCAGCGACGAGACCUUCGAUGACUCCCAGUUUGAGUCGGUCUUCAACGAACAGACGUGUCGUAGGAACCUGAGGGUGUCUCGGUCAGGCCGGUUUAAGGAGAAGAAGAGGGCACGCUCCAGUCUUCCUACUGGGAAAGAGGACGUAUGAUGACGAGGAUGGCGAUGAGGAUGAGGGAGAUAGUGGCCAAAGACUGCUCUUACUUCUGAACUUUAUUUCAACAUGGCCGUCCGUUCUGGGGAAAGAGGAAGGUAGAUGAAGAUGAAUUGUAAGUUGAAGAUAGGUUGAGGGUAAGUUGAAGAUAAGUUGAGGGUAAAUUGAAGAUAUGUUGAGGGUAAAUUGAAGAUAAGUUGAGAGUUAAUUGAAGAUAAGUUGAGGGUUAAUUGAAGAUAAGUUGAGGGUAAGUUGAAGAUAAGUUGAGGGUAAGUUGAAGAUAAGUUGAGGGUAAGUUGAAGAUAAGUUGAAGAUAAGUUGAGGGUAAAUUGAAGAUAAGUUGAAGAUAAGUUGAGGGUAAGUUGAAGAUAAGUUGAGGGUAAGUUGAAGAUAAGUUGAGGGUAAGUUGAAGAUAAGUUGAAGAUAAGUUGAGGGUAAGUUGAAGAUAAAUUGAGGGUAAGUCGAAGAUAAGUUGAAGAUAGUGAUUUGAGACUUUGACUUUACCCGUUGGACCCCUUUUUGUCAGUACUAGAGAAUCUGUCCGUUCCACUGCUUCUGCUUCUUCACCAAUCAACAUGAGAUUCAUUUCAUUGAUUUUGAUUUAUUGAUCCCUUAUGGGAAAUUGAACGUGUUGAACUGUGCUUCCCAUCACAAAGAAAGUGAACUGAUCAGAAAUGAAGUUAUUCUCUCCUGUACCUCCUGUCUUGUUACAUUAUAAUUGGCAGUAGUGAACGUUUCUCAGUGACCGCUGGGUAGAGGCACAUAACAGUCCUUCCCUGAGGAAAUCACAAGUCUGACCAGGUUUGAUUGAUUUAAAGCAAUAGGAAGACAAGGGUGUCUGUACUAAUCCAAUCGCAUAAAGAUCAGUUAGGCUACUUCAAGAAAGGAAGGAAGGACUGUUAUCUGUAAGUAGUUUCACCUUUCAGCUUUAAAAACUAUCCAGACUUUUCUAGCCUUUUCUGUAUCCAAACAGUAUCCUGAAAAUGACACACGCACGCACGCACACACACACACACACACACACGCACGCACGCACACACACACACACACACACACACACACACACGCACGCACGCGCACACGCACACACACACACACACACACGCACACGCACACGCACGCGCACGCGCACGCGCACGCGCACACACACGCGCACACGCA